UCUGUCUGUCUGUGUGUGUAGUUCAUGCAGAGAGGUUUGGACGCAGAGCUGAAGAAGCAGCUGGAUGAGGAGGAGAAGAGGAUCAUCAGUGAUGAACACUGGUUCCUGGACCUUCCUGAGCUCAAGGCCAAAGAAAACUAUAUCAUUGAAGAGAGAAGUUACGCUCCCUGUGAGGAUUUGGUUUUUGGCAGAAUGUCAUUCAGAGGCUUCAAUCCUGAAGUUGAGAAAUUAAUGUUACUUAUGAACACACACAAAGAGGAAGAGGAUGACGAAGAGGAGGACAAUGUGAGCAGAAUGGAAACUGAUAUUACAGAUGAAGAGAUGGCUCGAAGAUAUGAAAGCUUGGUUGAGAGCAUGAGAAAAAAGUUUGCCAAGAAACGAGAUCGCUCCGCGAUUACUAAGAAUAAAGAAGACGUCAACUGCAAUGCUGUUGAUAAUCGACCCAAAAAGGCAUUCCUGAAACCUCAGUACUGAGACGUUUUAUUUACACAUCUACCAUAUAUAUAUUUAGAUAUUUAUUUUUUAUGCAAUGGACUUUUUUUUUAGAUUUUUAUUUUUGUUUAAUGACGAUAACCUGCACUGUUAAAAGACCAACAUUUCAUGGCAAAGGUACAAGUGUUUUAUGGAUUUGUUUGAACAAGACUUAGUAUAUAUUUUUUCACAAUUAAAUGUACCAUCCUAGAAAAAAAAG